AUGGAUCGCACUGCCAAGAAGCGAAAGACCCAGAGCCCUGGAAAGCCGUCCGCAUCCAAACGGACAAAACUCGCCAAUUCCAAGACUCUCUCAUCGAAACCGAAACGAAUAGUGACGGCGGAUUCUCUGGCAUGGAAAGAGGUCAGCGUACCUGAGAUGUUCGAUGAUGCAGAGGGAUUCUUUGGAUUAGAGGAAGUGGAAGGCGUAGAAGUAGUGCGCAAUGGCAAUACGGUCCAAUUCGUGACAGCUGCGCCGUCUUCCGAUGCGAGCGAAUUCGAAGGCUUCGACGACCCUCCACAAGUACCGCAAGAGGAAGCGGUACCGAAGACUUCGCGGAAUAGUGAUAAUGGGCAGAAAGAGAAGAUCAAGAAAGAGAGCAAGAAGCCUAAAAACUCCAAGCCCACCGAGGACCCUGAACUAGAGAGCAAUGUCUUUUCAACGUUGCAGGAAUCAGAUGGGCCAGCAGAGGAUACUGAUAUGUCGGCUUGGGUUUCGCUUGAAAUAUCCCCUGCUGUAAUAUCAUCCUUAUCAAAACUGGGGUUCUCAAAGCCGACUGCGAUUCAAUCAGCUGCUAUUCCUAAAAUCCUUGCUGGUCACGAUGUUAUUGGAAAGGCAUCCACUGGUUCUGGAAAGACUUUGGCUUUCUCUAUACCUAUAGUGGAGUCAUGGCUGAACGAACGAGAAAUCGGAAAGCAGAAGGAGACCAAGUCUCCUAUCGCACUGAUACUAUCUCCAACCCGAGAGCUUGCUCAUCAGAUUACAAAUCAUAUCAAAGAAGUGUGCGCCGGGUUAGAGAUAUCUCCUUUUGUAUGCUCCGUGACUGGAGGACUAUCCGUCCAAAAGCAACAGCGACAAUUGGAGAAAGCGGACAUCGUCAUUGGUACCCCCGGUCGAUUGUGGGAGGUACUCAGUGCAAGUACAGCUCUUCUUGGAUCUUUCAGGAAAGUGCAGUAUCUCGUAGUUGAUGAAGCUGACCGACUGCUCACUGAGGGGCACUUCAAGGAGGCAGAAGACAUUUUCAACGCUCUCGAUCGAAUUGAAGGGAACGAGGAUGAAGAAGAUGAUGAGCUUUCUCCACGUCAGACCCUCGUUUUCUCGGCAACAUUCAACAGAGGUUUACAGCAGAAACUCGCUGGCAAGGGCAAAUACGAUCUCAUGACCGAGGCGCAGUCUAUGGAAUACCUACUGAAGAAGCUGAAUUUUAGAGAGGAGAAGCCGAAAUUCAUCGACGUCAAUCCGGUAUCUCAGAUGGCCACUGGUCUCAAGGAAGGACUUGUUGAAUGUGGUGCCAUGGAGAAGGAUCUAUAUCUGUAUUCGCUCGUCCUCCUUCAAGCCAAUCAACGAAUAUUGGUUUUCACAAACUCUAUCAGUGCCGUUCGGCGUCUUACUCCUAUGCUACAGAAUCUCAAUCUCCCCGUGCACGCCUUGCACUCUCAGAUGCCUCAGAAGGCGCGGCUUAGGUCAGUGGAGCGUUUCACAAGUUCGAAACCAGACACAUCAGCCAUUCUAGUCGCGACCGAUGUUGCCGCCCGUGGUCUUGAUAUUCCAGGAAUCGAUGUAGUCAUACACUAUCAUGUACCUCGAGCAGCCGAUGCCUACGUCCAUCGGUCGGGUCGAACUGCUCGCGCCGAGAGAUCAGGCUUAAGCAUUCUUCUAUGCGCACCCGAAGAGGUGACUCCCACGCGACGACUUAUCGCGAAGGUCCAUGCAUCAUCAAAGAAUAGGGCCAGCAAGAAAACAGAUUUCUUCGUCCGAACAAUUGAUAUCGACCGCCGUGUAGUGUCUCGCCUGAAGGAACGAGUGACCCUUGCCAAGAAAAUUGCAGACUCUGCUCUUGCGAAGGAGAAGGGUGGGAAGGAGGACAACUGGAUGCGAAACGCUGCUGAAGAGCUUGGUGUGGAAUAUGACAGUGAUGAGAUGGAGAAAGCCUCAAACUGGGGAGGUCGCGGUAGUGGCAGGAAGUCCAAAGAGAAAGAAUCUAGAGAGAUGACCAAGACUGAAGUUGGAGCCUUGAGGGCACAGUUGAAACAGCUCCUUGCGAAGAGGGUCAAUGCUGGAGUGAGCGAGAGAUACAUCGCCGACGGCACAGUGGACAUGGAUGAGCUGCUGAGAGGCGCAAAGGGCGACUUCCUGGGGACAGUUCGAAGUCUUGAUCUUGAUGAUUGA